CCCGCAGCCGCCGCCGCUCCCGCAGCAUCAGGCGCAGGCGGCACCCGGAACGCGGCGGCUCCUCGGCUCCGCAUCCUCCGUGGGCAGCCGGAUCGGCCCCGGGGCCGCGUCCCGCUGCCGGGCGAGGGGACGACACCCCCUGCGCGGGGGUGCGGGGACACCCCCCGAAGCGGCUUCGGGCUGGGGGGUGGUCCCGCUGCUUGCCAGCGAGGCCGGCGUUAGCGGAGCGGAGCCGAGAUGCUGCCCUGGCGCCGGAGCAAGUUCGUGCUGGUGGAAAAUGAACGUAAGUGCAAAGGCAAGAGCCUGGGGCCGGGGCUGAGCUACGCGGCGCUGCUGGCCGGCUUCCUCCGCUCCUGCCCGGACCUGCUGCCCGAGUGCCCGCUGGAGCGCCUGGGCAGCGUCUUCCGCGGGAAGCGCCAGAAAGUGGAGCUGAACAAGGAGGACCCGACGUACACGGUGAGGUACCUGGGCAACGCCGUCACCCUGCACGCCAAGGGCGAGGGCUGCACCGAGGAGGCGGUGGGCAAGAUCUGGGCCAAGAGCGAGGCGGGCGCCGGCGGGGCCAAGAUGACGCUGACGCUGGGCCCGCACGGCAUCCGCAUGACGCCCUGCGAGAAGGGGGCCCGCCGGCCGGGCCACGCGUACCUGCUGCACCGCAUCACCUACUGCGCCGCCGACCGCCGGCACCCCAAGGUGUUCGCCUGGGUGUACCGGCACCAGGUGAAGAACAAGGCCGUGGUGCUGCGCUGCCACGCCGUGCUGGUCUCCAAGGCCGACAAGGCGCGCGCCAUGGCCCUGCUGCUCUACCAGACCUCGGCCUCCGCCUUCAACGAGUUCAAGCGCCUCAAGAGACAGAGCGAUUUCCGCCACGUGCAGCAGCAGCUCCUGGGCGACGCCAUCGUGCCCCUGGUGCCGCUGCGCCGGCUGCUCAACGCCAAGUGUCCCUACCGCCCGCCGGCCGAGCGGGCCCGCUGCGCCCCCCGCCUCAGCUCCAUCCUGGAGGAGGAGGAGGAGGAGGCCUUCGGCGCCGCGACGCCCUUGGGGGACCCCGGGCGGGCGGCCGUGCUGCGGCUGGCCAGCGACAUGAGGGGGUGCAGCCUGCGCGGGCCCCGCGCCGCCGCGUGCUGAGCGGCCGCGGGCACGGGGUGCCCUCCCUGCGCCCCGAGCCGGCGCUGGACCCUGCUCGGGAUCGGUCUGGACAAGACAGCGGCUCCGUUUGCAGGAAGACCCGUGGCGGGGGUGGGUUUGCACCCCAGGGAAGCCCCCGGCCCUGCACAUGAACCUGCUCUCGUGCCUCCUCCUCAGCGGCCAUAAUAAUAAAAUGAAUGUGUGUUU